GCUUUUUUGGCAUCGAGAAAAACUAGCAUAGACUGUUUUUCUAUCCGAAAUACAAAUAUUUAUUUCUUUAAUGAUAUCAAAUAGCACAUUCACAUUUUUAUUCCUUCUGAAGCUGUACUGGCAAUUACAUAAGAUAUUGUUUUGAUGAAGGUAAGAUACAAUCUGCUCCUUAACUAUAUGUUCAAAUACUUUGGAAAUUACACUGAGUAGGGAGAUUGGCCUAAAGUUGUUUUUAUUAGUAAACUCAUUAGAUUACUUGCAAAACAAGGUGAUAAAUUCUUAAUUGUAAGAAUGGUAUUAACUAAUGAUAACUUGUUAAAAGGUAAAAUAUUCCUUAUCUGGAUAAUUUAUAUUUACAUACUACUAUUUUUUAAAAUUAUUAUUUAUUUAUGUUAUUUUAAAAAAACAGUAUAUCUCUGGAUGUUAUUGAAACAUUUUAAUUUUUACAUUACUAUUAUAGUAAUCUUUUCAUGUGAAUUUGACAAUUAAUUCUGGUUUGGUGUUAAUUAAUCUUUGAUAUUUUGUUAUCUGUUUGGAUACCCUUUGACCUUUGAAAAAUUUAUUAUUUUGUAGACAAUUUCCUUACUUACGUUGGUCAUUAGUGAUAUUUAACUGUUAUUUAAUACUUUCAUCGCCACGUCCAGUUGUAUGUACAGAAUAACAUCCUCUGUACCUAUGGAUUUCAUUUAACGAGAUGUUUUUAGUGUAUGUUUGAUCACUUAGUGUUAUUGCUAGUGGAUUCAAUGCCAUGUUCCACCAUAGAUAUAUGAUAAAGUUGUCUAUGCUUGUAAUAUAUCAGAACCAUGCUAGUAAGAUAGUGUUAAACAAUAUUGUUUCACUACUAUAACUAGCAUGAGGUACAGGAUAAACCUCUGUCAAUAGGUUCCAAUAACUGCAUGUAGCAGAUUAAGGGCUAACAUUACAUACUCUGUUGAGCCCCAAAAUUUAAAAAAAUAACAUUUCAUCUCAUUGUCAAUAUAUCGGAUUUGCUUCUUUACUGUGACAACUAAGGGAUGUUCCAAUGAAUAAUCAGUGAUUGAAAUUCUAACAUUUGAAUUUUAAAUACAAUGUUUAUUUAGUGUUGUUAGAGUAUAAUGUUACAAACUACAUCAAAUAUGGUAUAUUAAAAAUAAAACGUACAGUUUUUUUAAGAUUAAAAUUAAUAAAAUCGAUAAUUGAUUAUAAAACAGGAAAAAUUAUAAAACAUUGUUAUUAAAACUAGAGAUUAAAAUCGGAGAUAAAAAUGUAUAGCCUCUCUGCACUUGUAAUUAUGUCAUUGUUCCAAUACUAGUACUAAUUCAGGCAUUCGUUAAAAUUUUUCCGUUGUCACAGUGGGGUAAUUCCAGUUGCAAUACGUAAAUUAGUUUCUUGGCGGCAAGCGCUUCAACACCUAUGAUUAAGUAAAAGAAUCAGUUAAAGACUGAUUAUUUUCGCAGGUGGCCGAUUUAUACAAUUUAGACAUUCAAAAGCUUGUUAAACGAUUUGACAAAUUUUGAAAUAAGUAUGAAAAUUAUGUAGAAAAAUAGAGAAAGAUAUAAGGAAUGUAAAUAAAACAAUUGUUUUAAAAAAUGGGAUAUUUUUCUUAACCGAACCUUACUUUUGGAAUAACCCUCAUAGCUACUUGAUCUCUGCAGUGACAAAUGUUGUAGGUAAGAUGGGCUAUCAACUACUGCAGACCUGCCACAUGUCCAGCCGUUUUGGUGUGAGAUCGAAAGUUGAAAAAAAACUACAUGUAAAUUUUCAAUGUUUUGUAUAUUAUUUCUUGUCAUCCCUUGUUUCCAAAUGAUCUAGUACAGAGUAAUUCAAUGUUUCAAAAUAGCAGUACUAUAGCAAGUAAUAAUUUAUAAAAGUAGAAAUCUGAUGUAUAAGAUGUCACCAGGAAAAGGGUUGUGCAACAUUCUACUAAAAUUGCUUCCAAAAGAUUAUCAAAGUAUCACUUUUUAACACUAGUAAGAUCUAAUUGGCUUGAUUUUUCAUCGUUCCAGAAUUGUAUAUUAUUUUACAGAUGUAAUAAAAUUACAUUGCACUAAAAUUUUUUAUGCUACAAAAUCUCGUUAAUGCACUAAAUAUUCCAUAUAUUUACAAGGAUUACUAUUGACGUUAACUUAGUCAUUAAUGAGUACCGCUGACAAAAUAAUUAAUUUAGAAUUAAAACAACCUAAAACGUUUUAUUCAAUAAAUAUUCUGUAAAUUUGCCAAAAAAACAAAAAAUACUGUUAAUUUAAUAUACCUGCAUACAGGAAAAGAUUGCAGCAUGGAGCAGAUGACAGGUAUCCGUGAGCAGCAAGAGAGACUGGCACGACUUCACUUCGAGCUAGGAGCCCAGCAGGAGCUGUUCACGCCCCUAAGUGAGGAGGGGUUGCGACAGGGGGCGGACAACAUGAGUGCUCUCAUGGCUAGUCUGGAGCAGCUCAGUGAGAGCAUUGAACGCCUUCACUCCUUCAACAGCUGAACACUCCUCCAUACAAGACCAGUAGUUGUAGUUUCCACAUGAUUCCAUGACAUAUGUUUGUGUUGCAAUAACUAUCGGAAUUGUAGAGUUUGGUAUUAGGUAUUUACUUUUGGAAUUCAAAUUUUUAACACAUUACCAAAAAGUGUAACGUCACAAAGAAAAAAAAUUUUAAAAGGGGGUACUUUACAAUGUAACAAAAAGUUAUUUUUCAAUAUUAUAUCACUUGAUUACAAAACUAUGCAAUAUGAAAAGAAAACAUUUUAUGAUUAUAAUGUAUAUUAUAUUAUGAGUAUUUUAAUUGUACAAUUAGUUAAAAUGUAGGUAGUAAAAUUUAUUUAAAUUUUUAGUUAUAAUUUGUAGUGUUAAUCUGAUAAUCAGUCCUUUUAAAGUUUUUGUAGUGGUAAAUUAUAUUUGCAGAAAUCCAAUGCCUAUAUGACAAAAAUGUACUAUCGGUUUAAAUCUAUCAUGGUAUUUUAUGUGGGUAAAAACAAUAAACUUGUACUCAAACUUUGUGUUUACUGUGGAUGUUUAAAAAUAUUGUUAUUGUUACAAAUGUAAUGUUGCUAAUUUAAAGCUUUCAUUGCUAUUGCAAAAUGUAUUAAUCUGUUAAUAAAAUAAUAUUUAAUGUAAAAUUCCAUUUAAUUCAGUGCUUUAGCAUCACUGUGGGCGAUUCCAUGAGUUAGUCUAAAGGGAGGGGUCUUUUGUUGGUGACUAUGCUUUUUGAAUAUAAUUUUUGCUUUGUUUUAUAACGUAAUAAAGUUUUAUAACGAUACUAGUUGCUAUAAACUUUUUUUUGUUCUAGAAGGUUCAACCUGUUGAUUUACUCACUGGAGGAGAUGCAUGGAUUGUUUUAAAUUAAUGAAUCCAAGCAAAAUAAGCAAGUCACUCACUGGUUUGUUUACUUUCAGCAGUUGGUAUUCCGUUGUUUUAUCAUAAUUGUUAACUGUUCCUUUAUUGUACAAUAAGAACCUUUUACUAUCUGUGAUGGUUUUUUACAGAUUUUGAAAUAAAGACUAAAAAAAUCUAUUUUGAGAUAAAAUAA